AAAAAAAAGAUCAGAAAGAAAAAUUUAAGAAGGUAAGCAAAAAUGGCGAGAAGAAGUCAAGAAGAAGAAAAGGAGAAUUUUCCUCUUAUUACAACAAAAACAGUUGAAUACUUACAACCAGUAAUGCGACGAGAGCUACUCCGAAAAUUUCCAGACAACUCUGCUUUUGGAUUUGACUACGCACAGAGCUCUCUCUGGUCUCCUCUACUGCCUCGAAACUACGCAAGCCCUUCUGAUCUAGACUCGGACACUUUCGUUUGUCGGAACCUUGAGCUCGGAGAGUUUCUAGAAAGUAAGAAGAAGAUGAAGAUCUCAACCAAAAAGAAAAAGUUAGUGAAACUAGACAUGUCUUCGAUGAAGAGCGAAGAUUCUCCUAAAGUUGGCUGCUUCGCUAUUCCCACAAAGGGAUGGGAUGGUUUGCUAAAGGUAGCUUCAAAACACUUCAAGAAAUCGAAAAAGAAGAGAGACCCAGUCCCUGAUGUCAAGCUUCUCAACUUCUGCAAGUGCUGAAAAUUAAUAUACAUACCACUCUAUGUUGUUGGUUGUUUUGCUCAUAUGUUUCAAGUCACAAUAUUUGGAUAUUUGGGUUGAUUUUGUUUUAUUCGUUUAAGUAUGGUCUUCAUGUAAACCAUUGGAGUGUUUGAUCAUACACAGUUCUAUAUGAUACACAGUUCUAU